AUGUUUGAUCCAAUUUCCGAUCAAUCAUUUACUGUUUACUAUGAUAAUGAGUAUAUGGAUAGGGUUUUAUGGUGUUUUCAAGUGGUGGCAGAUAAUUUCCUUGAAUACGCUCUUGUUGGUGCUGGGAUGAGUACAUCUUGGAGACUCUGGGUUAAAAUGUUGGAUUAUUUUGUUGUUGUCAAAGAGUAUCCCACAGAUGGCGACAAUGAUGCGAAGUUGAUCUUUGGGGAUGCUCUCGUCUCUUCGGUAACUGACACACUUCUCUGCAAGAAAGCUGUAAAUUUCCCGCCGGCUUCCGGCACUUUCCUCUCCGUUUACGGAGCACCGGUCUUUCGAUUUAUUGCUAUUUAUUUCAUGAUUACGGAAGCAGAGGCACAAUCUUCACUACUCAAUUCAGCAAUCAUGUCUCCAUGGUGGAACAAAUCUUCAUCUGAAGAAGUAAAGAAGAAGUCAAACAGUGGGGGUAUUUUCGGAACGAUUCAGAGAAAGCUGAAAAGCCCAUCUGAAUCAAAACACAAACAAAAGGGAUCUAAUUCCCGUGUGGGUUCUCCAUCAACACUAGUGGCUCGAUCCCAAAGUUUUGCAGAAAGACCUCUUCCCCACCCACUCCCACUUCCUGAUGUUCAUCCCACUGCUGAUUCAGGAAAAAGGGCAUCAAGAAAAUCUGGAAUUGGGAAAGGCUCCUCGUUGACACCUCAUAAACCUAGUCGUUCCCAAAAUGCCCCUGGUCAUGUGGAUGUUGAAGGUGAUUUGGCAACUGAUUCGGUUUUUACCGAUAGCUCAAGUGACAGUGAUGAUCCCUCUGAUUCACGGCUUCUAAGCCCUCAGGUAUCCGACUAUGAAAAGACUUACACAAACAGUCCUUCCAGUGCGGUUUGCAAGAUCCAAAAUCAUCACAUUGCAACACAAAAGAAAAGGGAGAAAUUGAAGCCGGUGAACACAACCACGUGUCCGCACAACCAAACGGUGCCCACGUCACCAAAGCGGCGACCUUUAAGUCGCCACAUGGCGAAAUUACAGAUUCCUCAAUCCGGUGCUUUCUUUAGUGCUCCAGACAGUUCUAUGUCCAGCCCAUCUAGAAGUCCAAUGAGGGUAUUUGGGCCUGACCCGACUCUGACAUCUGGUUUAUGGGCCGGAAGGCCCUAUGCGGAUGCGGGUUUUCUUGGGUCGGGUCAGUGCUCUAGUCCCGGGUCGAGUCAUAACUCGGUUGGUGGAGACAUGUCUAUGACUCAGUUAUUCUGGCAACAUAGUCGAUGCAGCCCUGAAUGCUCACCUUUACCUAGUCCUAGGAUGACUAGCCCUGGUCCUAGCUCAAGAAUACAAAGUGGGUCUGUCACCCCAUCACAUCCAAGAGCAUGUGGGUUGAACAUGGUGGACCCAUUUGCAAACUGGCCUGAUGAUGCGGUUAGUGGAAGACAACAAAGUCACAGACUACCCCUUCCACCUUUAACAAUCUCCAACAAUUGUCCUUAUUCAACCGGAACCACCCCAACAGUUCCAAGAAGUCCAGGUAGAGCAGCAGAUCUUUUGGCUGGCCAUGCUUCACGUUGGAAGAAAGGAAGGUUGCUUGGUAGAGGCACCUUUGGACAUGUUUAUCUUGGUUUCAACAGUGAGAGUGGGGAAAUGUGUGCAAUGAAGGAGGUGAUUUUAUUUGCAGAUGAUGCAAAGUCAAAGGAAAGUGCCCAACAGCUGGGGCAAGAAAUCGCACUAUUAAGUCGCUUGAGACAUCCAAACAUCGUACAAUACUAUGGAUCUGAGACAGUGGAUGACAAGCUUUAUAUUUACUUGGAGUAUGUCUCGGGUGGUUCCAUUCAUAAGCUUCUCCAGGAGUAUGGUCAGUUGGGUGAAUUAGCUAUCCGGAGUUACACUCAUCAAAUUUUGUCAGGACUCGAGUAUUUGCACGCUAAGCAUACAGUCCACAGGGAUAUUAAAGGAGCAAAUAUACUGGUAGACCCUAACGGACGUGUAAAAUUGGCCGAUUUUGGGAUGGCAAAGCAUAUUUCAGGGCCUUCAUGCCCGUUAUCCUUCAAGGGAAGCCCAUACUGGAUGGCACCCGAGGUUAUCAACAAUAAUUCAAACGGUUGCAAUCUUGCUGUGGAUAUAUGGAGUCUCGGGUGCACAGUGCUAGAAAUGGCUACAACUAAACCUCCUUGGAGUCAGUAUGAAGGGGUGGCUGCUUUGUUUAAGGUUGGAAACAGCAAAGAGCUUCCAUCAAUCCCUGAACAUCUUUCCGAUGAAGGCAAAGAUUUUAUCUUGCAAUGCUUACAGAGGAACCCAUCACACCGCCCUACUGCUGCACAGCUUCUAGAACACCCUUUUGUUAUAAAUAUUGCUUCAUCUGAACGAUUGAUACUGGAUCCAGGCCCAAUUACAAACGCAGUCAGAUUUCUGGGCAUUGGAUAUGGUUGUGAAGGAGUUUCUGUUGUUCACUCUCGAGGACAAAAAUCUAGUCCUGGAUUCAGUAACAUAUCAUGCCCGGUUUCUCAUUUGGGCAGCCCACUUUUGCAUCAAAGAUGUGUUCAAAAUAUGAAUGGAAGACUAUCCCCAUCUCCAAUAUCGAGCCCGCGAACCAUCUCUGGUUCAUCCACUCCUCUAAAUGGAGCAGGUGGUGCCAUUCCUUUCUACCACCACCAGGUCCAGAAACAGCAGCCAAGUGUGUUGUACACUCCUGAGUUCACAGGUUUGGGCUUGAGUUCACGCUCUCCCACUAGAUCUUUUGGACCUCCUCCUGUUACUGGAUCGUAUUAUCAUGACUCGAGGCCCGAUAUGUUUCGUGCAAUGCCUCAAGGGUCUCCCUUCUUUCAGGAGAUAGUUCCUUCUGAUAACGAUUUUCUUGGGAACCAAAAAGAAAGAUACAGCGGGCAGUCGGUGCUUGUCAACCGUGUUUCCGAGCAGCUUCUCAGAGAUCAUGUCAGGCAGAAUCCAGUCCUUGACCUCACCCCUCCUUCACCGGUGGUUAGUCGAAGAAGGAGUUGACCACCAUCGACUACAAGAACAUACUAUGAAUAACAUCUAUAUAUAUAUAUAUCUAUAUUUAUCUUUCUCUCUCUCUUUUU